UUCCUCCAGGUGCUCCGACAUGUUCUCCCUGUGUCAGCGUGGGUUUCCUCCAGGUGCUCUGACAUGUUCUCCCUGUGUCAGCGUGGGUUUCCUCCAGGUGCUCCGACAUGUUCUCCCCGUGUCAGCGUGGGUUUCCUCCAGGUGCUCCGACAUGUUCUCCCUGUGUCAGCGUGGGUUUCCUCCAGGUGCUCCGACAUGUUCUCCCUGUGUCAGCGUGGGUUUCCUCCAGGUGCUCCGACAUGUUCUCCCCGUGUCAGCGUGGGUUUCCUCCAGGUGCUCUGACAUGUUCUCCCUGUGUCAGCGUGGGUUUCCUCCAGGUUCUCUGACAUGUUCUCCCCGUGUCAGCGUGGGUUUCCUCCAGGUGCUCCGACAUGUUCUCCCCGUGUCAGCGUGGGUUUCCUCCAGGUGCUCAGACAUGUUCUCCCCGUGUCAGCGUGGGUUUCCUCCAGGUGCUCCGACAUGUUCUCCCUGUGUCAGCGUGGGUUUCCUCCAGGUGCUCAGACAUGUUCUCCCUGUGUCAGCGUGGGUUUCCUCCAGGUGCUCCGACAUGUUCUCCCUGUGUCAGCGUGGGUUUCCUCCAGGUGCUCUGACAUGUUCUCCCUGUGUCAGUGUGGGUGUCCUCCAGGUGCUCUGACAUGUUCUCCCCGUGUCAGUG